AUGGGUUGGGUGGGCAACCAAGUGAUCCAGAUGGUAAUGAUGAUGAUGGUGACCGUGUUGAGGAAUCAGGUGAGGAUGAAGAAGUUGAAUGACGAAGUUGAGGAUGAAAAAAGUGAGGAUGAAGAAGUUGAGGAUGAAGAAAAUGAUGGUGACAAUGAGGAAGCUGAUGAUGAAGAAAGUGAUAGAGACUCUGUUGAUGGCAAUAAGGCUAAUGAAGAAGGUAAGGACGAAGAAAAUGAUAGAGAAUCUAGCAAUGGCAAUGAAAGAAGUGAAGAUAAAGAAAGCGAUCGAAGAAGUGAGAAAGAGUGUAAUGAUGAUGAUGAGCAGGAGCAGGGUGAAAAGAAUGAGAGCUGUUCUAGUCCAACUCACAGUCUUUUGCUGAGUGCCGAGGAAAAUAAUAAGUUAAAUGCUGCUGUUGCAGCCACUUGUCGAGAUAGUGAGUUAAGUUCAGACCACAUUGAGUUAACAAAGAAUGAAGGACUUAUAAAGGUUGCAAGGGGGAAGAGGAAAUUAAAGCGCUACGGAUAUGUUUACGCUCCCUAUGUAAAGAAAAACAAUGAAAUGGUUUGUCUCACCAAGGAGCAGAAAAUGCUGUUGACAUAUGUGAGAAAGUUUGAUGGAGAUAGUUCGUAA